ACAGCAGCAGCACCUACAACGACAACUGAAGCUCCUACGAUAACCACAACACCUCCUACGACCAUUACAACAGCAGCACCUAUAACAACUUUAGCAACUACUUCGACAAUCACUACAGCUCCAGCUACAACAUCUUUAGCUCCUACGACCACUACAACUGCAGAACCUACUUCAACAACCACUGCAGCUCCUACUUCAAAAACCCCUGCAGCUCCUACUUCAAAAACCACUGCAUCACCUACAAGAACAUCUGUAUCUACUUUGACAAACACUGCAGCACCUGCUACAAUAACUACAACUGAAGCCGCUACGGCAACCACAACACCUACUCCGACCAUUACAACAGCAGCACCUGCUACAAUAACUACAACUGCAGCUCUUACAACAACCGCAACUGCAGCUAAAGCUACAACCAUAAGGGCACCUCCUACUAUAACAUUUUUAGCUCUUAUGACCACUACAACAGCCGCACCUACAAUGACAACUGUUGCUCCGACGGCAACUAUAGCGCCUACGACCACUACAUCUACCAUACCUACAACAACUAAAGCUCUUACUCCAAUAACUGUAGCUCAUUCAACCAGCACCACAAAAGCUGCUAUGACAAUCAAUUCAGCUCUUACUACAACAACCAUUGGUCCUACCACCCCUACAACUGCAGCAUCUACUACGACAACAACUGCAGCUUUUACGAAAACCCCAAUUGCAGCUCCUACAACUGCAGCUCUAACAACUGCAGCUCCAACAACUGCGGCUCCUAAAGCUGCCACUGCAGCUCCUACAGCUGCAACUGCAGCUCCAACUGCAGCUCCUACAGCUGCCACUGCAGCUCCUACAGCUGCAACUGCAGCUCCUACAACUGCAACUGCAGCUCCUACAACUGCAACUGCAGCUCCUACAACUGCAGCUGAUAAUGCUGCUCUAACAGCUAUAGCUCCUACAACCACUACAAUGGAAGCUCCUUCAACAACCACAACUCCAGCUCCUUCGACAACCACAACAAAAGCUGCUACAAAAACCACAACUGUAGCUGCUACGACCACCACAACAGCAGCACCCACAACGACAACUGUAGAAGCAACCACACCCCCUCCUACUCUGUUGCUGACCACUCCUUUCAAUACCACAAGUGGAGGUUUUCCUGGCUGGGCUCUGGCCAUUAUCAUCCCUUGUGGCAUCGCUAUCAUUUUGGUACCUCUGUGGAUCCUGCUAUGUUGCAUUUUAUGUGGCGGAUGUGCAGCUAUAAGGAGACGCUGGCACAGACGCAGAUCUUACAAUGUACAGUACACCAGAAGAAACGGUCUCUUCUGAGGUGACAACGCUAACAUCUGUGGCCAAUUGUCAUCACAAGAACAGCCAAUCAUCUAUAUCUGCUAAUCACGGGACUUUAAUUCAUGGAAAAUCACUUGACUACAUAGCAGUGCAUCUGUCCACAGAUGCAAAUACUUUUUUCCUUCACUGUAUAUCUGCUAAUCAUGGCACUUUAAUUCAUGGAAAAUCACUUGACUACACAGGACUGCAUCUGAGAAGAUCAAGUGAAAAUUGUUAAUAAGCUUAAAAGGACAUAUGUUUUUUGUGCAAUGUACUACUUUUUAUAUUAUGCAUCUGAUUGUUAAUCAAAGUUACAGCUGAGCUGAACAAAGUAUGUUUAUAUAUUUAUUAGUCAUGUCAUUUGUGGUUUCAAGCUGUGCUGUCCACUGACUAAAACGGUUAUCAUUUAUUUAUUUUAUUUAUAAUAAGCUUCAUUCCAUUAUUUAUUUUUUGUUUGUUAUUUCCUCUCUUGAUUAACUAUGAAGUAAUUUAUUUUGAACUGCAAUACAGUACUUGUUUCUUCAACUUACAGUUUGACAAAUGUAAUGAAGAUACAACCCAGUAUUAUUUUAUGAAAAGGUUUGACUAAAGGGUGAUUAUAGACAGCACAUCUACACAUCAAAUGUAGUCAAAAUUGUCCAACCUGGCACCUUAAUCUAUGCAAACCUUAUUAAAGACACAAUUAAUUCAAAAACGUGAUUUUUUUAUGUUUUGUAUUCAGUGCCCUCAGAAUGUAUUCACACCCCUUGACAUAAAAAUGGUGUUACAGGCUGAAUUUGAAAUGGAUUAAAUUGAGAUUUUGUGACAAAUGGCCUACACACAAUACUCCAUACUGUCAAAGUGGUAUUAUGUUUUUAGAUUUAUUUUUACAAAUUAAUUGAAAAAGUAAAUAAGUAUUCAACCCCUUUGUUAUGGCAAGCUUACAUAAGAA